AUAUGGCGGCCGAAGUGUCUUGUGAAAUACUGUCGUGAACUCCUCUUCAAAUUGGCGGAUUAUAUGUGUUUAAGAUGCCACUAAUAAUCAUGUGUGGAUUUCCUUGUUCUGGAAAGUCAAAAAGAGCACAGGAAUUAAGGAAUUACUUGGAAAAUAGGGGGAAAACUGUCUAUUUAGCGAGCGACGAAAGUAGCUCUUUGGACAGAAAUACUGUGUAUUCAGGUAUUAUAAGUUAAAUUUAUUUUAACUUAAUUAAAUAUUGCGGUGUAAAUAACGAUAAAUGCAAAAUGAUUGCAUACUGGGACAUUUAGUAGCAUUUCACUGAAUCCAAAAGAAGUCAAACAUGACCUUGCCAUCGAUUAGGUCGACACACCAUGUGCAAUAAUGUACUCAUUUUUCAAUUGGUGUCAUUUUGAACUUAUGUUUCAGCCUCAGCAAAUGAAAAGGAAGCAAGAGGUCUUUUAAAGUCUGCAGUGGAAAGGUAGCCAUUUAUUUUAACAUCACGGUUGACUUAGUGAGAAGUAUCAUUAAUUAUUUUCAGAAACGUAUUAUAAAUAUAUUUAAGCGAUAAGCUGAAAUGAGCGAUGAAACAACUGUUAUGGUAAGUCAGUUACUACAUCCCCAACUCAUUUUUCUCCCCAAAUUAAUUUGGUUCAAUUCCCAAUUCUGAUUUAGUUAUGUGUUCAUUUUUCUUACAAGGCUUAUUUCAAGAGAUGAUGUAGUUAUUUUGGACUCCCUCAAUUACAUAAAAGGUAAUUUAAAGUAUUUUUCUUUGGAUGAAACAAGAAGGAAUAUUUUAAAUUCAGGGAUGAUAAAAUUACUCAUAACUUAGCAGUCAUUGGGAACUAUUACUUCAGUGAAUGCAGCUUGGAUAUAAAUCACAAACAAUACUCCUGAGUUAAAAAGGAUAAUUAUUGAUAGGAGCUGAGGUAUAUGUUCAAGGGUUUGGUAAGGGAAAUAUUCCUGUUUUUAUAUUAAGCAUGGUGCUUUUUUUAAUGGAUUCAAGGAUUCUCUUACUGAUUAUUUACAGUGUUUUUUAUUUUUUUAGCUACUUUUAUUUUCAUUCCACAUAGACCAAUCAUAAACCUAUAAUGAAUGAAUAGGGGAAGUAAGAAAUGAAUCAGACAUUAUAUAAAAUUAGUUGAGUAAUAUGUACAUUUUGUUGGAUUCUUAUUUGUGUUCUGUGGCGGAUAGAUGUUUAUAUAACGUCACCAUGCAUUAAUCAUAUUUUGCUUUUAUUUGUAAAACAAGUAGAUUCUAUUUAGUCAUGGGUCUGUAUGGUUAUAGAUUACAGAGAAAUUAAAAUGUGAUAAUUGUGUGCCAUUUUUUUUUCUUACCACAUUCUGAAGUAAUCUGUGAUCUUUUACUGAACAGGCGCAUAGCAACAUGAAAUUUAUAAAUUGUUAAAUCAAUACACAGAAUAUAGAAGCAGAUCAUAGAUUUUUGCUUGUCAGAUUGCAAUGUAACUAUCUGUAUGAAGGUGCAAGCCAGGCCCACUUCAAUCCAACAUGUUUACUCAGCAUUUAAUUCUACUACUCUUUAAAGUGCAAAUGAAGAAGUAAAAUUCCUAAGGAACAGAAAAAUCACUUUUACAAAACUUUACUAACAUUUAAGAGGGGAAAAAUUAAUGCAAACAUACAUUGGACAAAAACUAACCAAACGCUAAGGGAAUAUAUGAGACUCAAAGACACUCACAGAGAAGAAGUUUACACUGACACAAAAAUUACAUACACUGCCAAAAGGAGGGUGAAACGUGAUAUAUAGGGGAGGUGUAAUUUGCAUAAAGUGGGAAAAUAUUGGUGUAGGAAAUGUAGGGAUCCAAUGUUCACUACUAGAAAGCGGCAACAAGAAAACUGGACAUGCCCUAAACUGUAAACUUUUGUUAUUACAUGAGCAAUGAUUUACUGAAAUCAAAUGCAUAAAUCUGCUGAAUAAAGCAAAAUAACAACUGAUUUUUUGUUCGGUUUGUAGAUUUUUUGUUUGGCUAAUAACAAAUGAAAUCUUGUUUGACAAUCUUAGCAGAAGCUAAAACUUAAACUCAAAACAGACCAUGUGCUCUCCAAAACUUGAUAUCUUAUUGUGACUGCAAAAACAUGUAACUAAUGGUACACAUUGUAAAUAACUCGCUGAAAUAUCUACUUGACUGUCCAUAUUCGAAUCAGGUCUCAGACAUUACAGGAAAUUAUAUGUGUAAAAAUGAGGGAAGUAAGUGUAAUUUAAUGGGUGCAAAAAUAUGACCUAUUUGUGAGAAAUCUAAAUAUUUUGCAUUCACCACAACAUUGUACAUAUCCAUGCAAGUGAAAUAACCAUGUUUCUACUUUUGGUUAUUUUCAGGUUAUAGAUAUGAGUUAUACUGUGUUGCAAAGGCACACAAGACCACACAUUGUAUUGUAAGUACAGGUGAUUUUUGACUUGACCACCAUCAGUAAUGCUCCUCGAUCACAUUAGACAGUUUAGAAUCAGUAUUGAAAAAUUAAGUUUAAAAAAUAUAUAUAUUGCUGCAACAAGGAAAUGGGGAAUAAGCACUAAAAACUCUCUUUUUCAUUCUCAGAAGCUUUAUGCUGAAGUCAAUUGUUUGCCCUGAGAUUUUGAAGCUGUUAAAUUAGACCUCUCAGAUGUAACAAUAGAAUUGAAGUGGCAAAGUCAAACAUCUUAUGUCAUGUAAACAUUAUUUUUACUGCUUUGCUUAUUAAGAAGAGCGAAUUUGAAGAAAAACAACCUUUUCUGAUCAAUAUUUUCCAUGUGUUUUUCAAGAAUAGAAAAGCACAAAGGAUGAUUUUCUAGGUUUUCAUAGCUACUUUUACAACUCUGAGAUCAGUGCUAGUCAGGUAUUAACACAUGUUAAUUUUAACUUUAAGGUGCAUUGUGACACUUCUAAAGAAAUCUGUUCAGAGUGGAAUAAAACAAGAGAAAGUAAAUAUAAUGAUGAAAUGUGAGUACUAUUGGCUUACUUAAUUAAUACACAAAUACUGAAUCAUUUUUUAUUUCUAUGAUAUUUAGUAGUAUUUCGUUUAUGUCUGUUGUUUGCAUAAUUAUAUUGCACAGUUUAUGUCUAAGCUCAAACCACACAAAAAAGCUUUGAUUGACAAAAUCAUUUAUUAUUUACCAUUUUUAUGAUGGUUAUAUUGUGUUGUGACAGAACAUGAUCUUUAGACAGUGUUCAGUAACCAAAAUGGUACAAUUUUUACUCUUUGCUUUUGGUAAGAACUGAUGUAACAUACAUGUGUUUUAGUUUUGUUUUGAAUCUUCAGUUUAGGUUUAUGACUUACUGAUCAAAAUUUGUGUUAUUCUACUCUCUACAAAGUGAUAAAAGACACUCGUAUUGCCAUUGUAACCCAGUGCUACAAAAAUGUAGUUUGUCAUUUAUGAUUGCACAACUAUUAAAAUGGCAGUGAUUUUACUUUACUGUUCCUUGUCAAAACUUUUCUUACAAUCUGAGUUUGAGUAUUUGUGCUGCAUCUUGUUUGAAUCAGAUUAGAUGCUUUAGUAAUGAGGUUUGAGCCGCCUGACUCAAGGAACAGAUGGGACUCUCCGUUAUUUGUCAUCCAGGUAUAAUACAUGCAAUUCAAAUUUUCAGUUUUAAGAAAUACAGUUUAUAGAGGUCAAGAGACAUUUGCCUCUACUUUCCAUGAGAAAUAUUAAAAUACAUGUUAUGCAGCUUAAGGAAUUGCACAAAACUAACAUGACUUGUAAGAUUUUUUAUGUACUUCAGGUGUAUUUCAGUCACCUGUAAUAGGAAAAGGCUUAAUUCUUUUUUUUUUUUGUUUUUUCCUUUUUUGGUUCCUUUGUUGUCCUUUAUAUUAGUUUAUUUGUUUUUUUUUUCAAUUUGAAGGAUAGGAAUUUGAGAGGAGCCUCCCUUGGAAUGUACAUUUUCUUUUUCUCAUCGUUACUAUUUUUAAAUCAGUUGCUUCAUUACUUCAGGUUGAUGAUGACCUUCCAUUUGAAUCUAUAUAUGAUGCAUUAAUCAACAGAGUACCACCGCCACCAAACCAGGCUACUCAACCGGUAAGGAAUAUGGAAUUUGAAUUGACCUGAAUCAUGUAUCCACCAAGCUUUGGCUGUCACCCAAGACAUUUUGCUUAAGCCUUACUGGCUUGCAAUUAGCUGGUAAAUCUUUCAGCAAGCUAGGGCAAAAUAUGCCAGUUGAGUAUUGGAACAGCGAUGUUGGAUCGUUAAACUUGAAAAAAUCUUUAGGCAAGUAAAACAAGAGCUUUAGGGGAGAAGUAGAGAGAGUAACAAGCUAGGAAAUUGGGUUGGGGGUUGGGAAAGAAAUUUUAUUUCUUCUCAAGCCCUUCUCUUGUCUGGUUAAUCUGCUCCAUGCUUUGCUUAAUGUUACCAAUCAGAUAUGGCGGCUUCAACACUUGGUUAGUAGUAUUGAACACUUACCUGCUAAAAGAUAUGCCUGCUCUGCAGACUAGUUAUUUUUGUAAUGCCUUUCUUCCAUAACAUUCAAUUGAGUACUUGUCAAUGGGUGACAUUUGUCUCAGUACCUCAGGACCAGUUUAGCAUUUAAAUGCAGUUCAUGGUGUUUUGAUGCCAGGCAGCACAAUUUUCACUAUCAAUGACCACGAUGUUUUAGAGGUUUUGGUUUUUAAUUAUUUACCAGUUCAAUUUGUUUUGUUUUCAAGCAACCUUUGUCAGCAACAAACUUCCUCUACGAGCUUGACAAAAUAACUCAAGAAAUAGUUACUGUAAGUAAUCCCUUUUGUGCCCUUUACGUGAAUCUCAUGAUAACAUGGGCUUUUAGACGAAUGUUAAUGUUGACUGUUAUUUAAAUCCUGAAAGAGAUACAUGGUAAUGUCAUUUAUAGUUAAAUGAUGGUGUCGUUAAUUGUCUUCUUAGACCAAAUGAAACAAAGGAGAUGAAAAAUUUAGAUGGUAUUCAUUUGUAGUUUCCUAUAAUCUGAGUGUCAUUUUUUUUUGUUUAAUAGACCUCUGCAAUUGGUCAAAGUGAUAAACCAUUUGUAGCUUUUCUUUCACAAUGGUGAUUUUCUUUUAGGUCUUGAUAAAUUCCCAACGGACGUUUGUACCUGGGGAUCACAUCACGGUCCCGGGAACAUCGGAGAAAAUAUCCUUUACAAAACAUACCACGUUUUUUUCCGCCCUUAACAACAGAAGGAUAAGCAAUUUUGGGCACUUGGGUGCCCUCGCCCAAAGAGGACUUACAGUGUCGGUAUGCACUCGAAAGAGUCGAUUCAUAUCACAAGUGACCGCUUAGUGAGUCAAUUGAUAACAAUAGGGUUUUCUAAAUUUCAAAUGAUGUGCAUAUUUCCUUGACAGUUUUGUCUCCACGUUGUUCUGGAUAGGACUGCAAACAUGGCAGAAUUAAGAAAAAUACGUCGACAAUUUAUUACCUACACGAAAAUGCAUCC